AUGCCUGCAGUUUCCUUUACUUCCGUUAUCACAUCAUUCGUUACAUUCUGGCAGAACAUUGCAAUAUCAUUAAGGUUUCCUGCACUCAACAUUCCUCCAUGGCUUUCUUCAAUUGCAGAAAAUUUUUUAAUUUUCUUCAAACUCUUAGUCAGUAUGAUUCCAAAACUACCUAAUUUCGAUAUCAGAACAAGUCUUGUAUAUUUGUCAAUUGUUAUUCCUCUUUCAUUGGAUAUCUUUACAAUAUUCUUCGCACUUCCAUUUUGGAAAGCCAUAUUACACAUAUUUGAUCUUGCUGCAGGAUUUGGAUUUUCAUAUCUAUUAGUAUCUAUAUUAAUCCCGGUCAAUUUUCGUUUAUAUCCUCUUCUUGGUUCUAUUUUCUGCCUUAUUUAUUUAAUAGUUAGAGCAAUUAUACAUUGUGUUAGGAAGAAAGAAGAUUUUACUAUUAUUGAUGCAGCAAAAGCACUUGCAAAUUUCUACUUCGACGGAAUUAUGCCAAACUAUGAAGAAAACAUGUCUCUUCUUGAGAUCGACAACAAACUCAAGAAAUCAGUGAGUACAAUCCAAAUUGUUGCAAAAGUUUCUUCACCUGUUAUUAUCUUUUUGUUAUACGUUUGCUUUUUAUUCUUAUUACUCUUAGCAUUACUACUAUUAGACAUUAUUCAAAUUGAUAUUCCAUUUCCUGCUGCAGUUCGAUUAUUUGUCCCAUACAUUCUUGUUUCUUUAUCUUCGAUUCUCUUCAUUCUUAUGAUUCUCAAAUCAAAUGCACCAGGUGCAAAGUUCCUUCUCGCAAUUAAGCAAUUCUUAAAGCGUUGGGGUCUCAGACUCCUUCUCCUCGCUUUCGAAUUACUUUACAUUCCAAUCUUAACAGGACUGAUGUAUAAUUUUGUUCCCAUCCCUGUCACAUGCCCAGGUGAGAAUGAAAUACCUAUGAGACUUCCUGCACAUGGUCCAUUCUUCCAAUUCGAAUCUCAUUCAAUGACAUGCAUCAAUAAAUCACUCCUUGGAAACAUGUCUAGUUUCAGUUAUUCUAUCACAGAAAAGCUCGGAAAACUAAGAAUGAGGAAAGAGCUUGCAUUAUCAUUCGUCCAAGAUAUCUUGAAAGUCAAUGGUGGCAUUAUGCUUUUUACCAUUGCAUUCAUCAUGAUUGGUAUUCCACUCUUUUGGUCCAUGACAGUUACUACUAACAGAGACUUAGUUUUCCGUUUCAACGUUUUUGGCCGCACUGUUGAAGAGAAAUGGGCUACAUUGACAACGAAGCUCGACACAACAGGUAUUUUCUUUUUCCAGAAGUACACGAUUUACUCUGCGAAGUGGUCAGUCAUUUUAAUUAUCUCUAAGUUCAUCAUCAUGGUCUUAGCAGCUGUCGGCAACAACUAUUACAAGAAGUUAGUUAUCCUGCUUCCAAUUUUCUACAUUUGCAUGGCAGUUGCAACUUGCAUCAAAUGGCCAUAUCUCUACAAACUGAACAACUGGCUUGAUUUAAUUCUCUACGUCCUCAACACGAUGUUUGCGAUGUUCCCAGUCCUCGCAUCUUUCAAUGUCAGUGUUCCACCAAAACUGAUCAUUUACACAUCGUUAGCAGUUCUCGCUCUUCCAAUCAUUUCAUGUCUUUUAUUCUUGUUCUGUGCUAAUUCGUACAACGAAGAAGAUCCUACAUACAUCAACAAAGAAACACAAGAAGAGAUCAACAUCAUCGAAAAAGCUCGUCUUGCUAAAUUACAAGAACAAAUUGAAUAUGAGAAACAUCGAAAAGAAAUCAGACGACGUCGUCGAACAUCAGCAGCAGGAAGGAGACGAAGUUCAUCCACAGACAAUUAUUACGGUUCAGAACAUGACGGAAUGCUUGAUGACUUUGAACAAGAGAACAUCGAUGCACUUCAAGCACAAUUCGAAAUCGGCGCAAAAGAGAUUGAUAACAACUCACAAGAGUUCGAGAAAGUCGAGAUUGGCGAAGGCUGGUUAAACUCAAUAUACGACAUGAAACAAAACAUUGUUGAACGUCCAUUCAAAGUUUGUAAACCAAUUCUCGCACUUCGUUUCAAGAAAUACUACGAGAUGCUUGAUUUGAUCAUUGAUGCACAGACAAUUACAAAAUUAGUUUCAUUUUUGAAUCUCACAUCAGUUUUCGCAUGCAUUUCUAUUGGUUGGUUCAUCAAAGCACUCCUUGUUACAAUGAUUGACCGCGAAGUUCAACAAAAAGUUUCUAUUCCAAACGAUUCAUGUGUUUGGUUUGAAUUCCUCUCUAACAUGACUCAACUUUCAUCAGAAAACUGCACUCGCUUUAAACAAUGA